AUGGCAAGAUACUUGGAUAUUGUUGUGGGUAGUACUGGUUCUGGAAAAGGUAAUGAUCUGCUGCUUCACGGCUUUGGAGCCACCUUCUACCUACUCUGCAUGAUUGUUAUCUCUGUUUCCACCAUUUCUAUGGUUAUCUUUGCCUGCUCCUCUAGCCCCGAAGAAGAUGACUGUUGUUUUGGUGGUGGUGGCAGCCACAGGGGUGGCGGCGCGGAUGGGGGUGGCGGCGGUGAUGGUGGCGGUGAUGGCGGCGGCGGUUGUGGCGGAGGCGGAGGCGGCGGUUGUGGUGGGGGUUGCGGCGGCGGCGGUUGUGGCGGAGGCGGUGCUGGAGCUUGCUGA